AUGAGGGCAACUUCACUCUUUGUCAGCCUUCCCGCUGCUCUGGGAUACUUUUUACUCACAGCAAGUACCGGAAGCGCCAAGCACCACCAUCACCCGAGAUAUCAAUCCUUCGUCAAUGAGCGUGACACUACUACCUCGUCGAGUGCGUACGACUAUGUUGUCGUUGGCUCUGGGCCGGGCGGUGGUCCAUUGGCCGCCAACCUCGCUAUCGCCGGCUAUAGCGUCUUGUUGAUCGAUGCUGGCGGUGACUCUGGCACUGACUAUACCGAGUCGCUUCCUGCCCUUCACCUAUUCGCAACCGAGUACGAGGAACAGAAGUGGGACUUUUUUGUGAACCACUACACAGAUCUCGAGCGCCAGAAGAGGGAUUCCAAGAUGUCGUAUCGCAAAACGGACGGCGACUUAUAUGUCGGUCUAGAUCCUCCAGAGGGUGCUGAGCCACUUGGUAUUCUCUAUCCCCGCUCUGGUGCUCUCGGAGGCUGUACUCGCCAUAACGCACUCAUCACUAUCGGUGCGCAAGAUAGCGACUGGAACUACAUCGCCAAUCUCACUGGUGAUGAUUCGUGGGCGUCGAGCAAUAUGCUUCAGUAUUUUGAGAAGAUUGAGAAUGCCAGGUAUCUCCCGAGUAGCGUUGUUGGCCAUGGCUACAAUGGCUGGCUUUCGACUGAGCUGACAUCUCUGUCCCUCGUUGUCGAAGACCAGAAGCUCCUCUCUCUGAUCAUUGCUGCUGCCACUGGCAUGGGCAAACAUCUUCUCACCGCUCUUGUGAGCACAGUUGUUGGUCUUGGCCAAGUGCUCCUUCGUGAUAUCAACGCUCCAGGCCAGGCCAGCCAAACUGGUCUGUAUCAGGUGCCUCUUUCAAUGAAGAACAAUGUGCGAGGUGGACCAAGGGAGUUCAUUUUGGACACUGCCAACGCAGUAAACUCGGACGGUUCACGCAAGUACAAACUUGAUAUCAAGCUCAACACUCUGGUUACCAAGGUCCGCUUCGAUGAAAGUGGUACAGUCCCGAAGGCUGUAGGCGUCGACUACCUUGAGGGCGCGUCCUUGUACCGUGCAGACCCCCGUUCCAGCGGCGCCUCGCAGACGGGUUCGGGAAGCGUGAACGCCACACAUGAAGUCAUUCUCGCAGCCGGUGCGUUCAACACACCCCAGCUCCUAAAGCUGAGCGGAGUUGGCCCACGCGACGAGCUGGAGUCCUUUGAUAUUCCUGUAGUUGUGGACCUUCCAGGUGUCGGUGGCAACAUGCAAGACCGCUACGAAGCUACCUUGGUUGGAAAGACAGAUAGCGACUUUGUGAUUACCUCCAAGUGCACAUUCUUGCAGUCCAUGCCGGAUCCUUGUCUCGAUGCCUACACUAGCGGAAUCGACCCCAUCACCAAAGGCGUGUAUGGAACCAACGGCAUCGCCAUUGCAAUUGUUCAAAAGUCAUCCGUUGCCGAGGACGAACCCGACCUGCUCAUUUCGGGUGCCCCCGCCAACUUCCGCGGCUACUUCCCGGGAUAUGCCAAUGACUCCCUGUCCGACGCCCAGCACUGGGCCUGGAUCGUCCUCAAGGCCCACAGUCGCAACAACGCCGGCACAGUCAAGCUUCAGUCUACCGACCCCCGUGACAUGCCCUUGAUCAACUUCAACUCUUUCGAUACUGGCGUCAACGGUAAUGGCGAAGGCGACAAAGAUCUUCAGGCUGUUUACGAGGGCUUUGAGUUUGGUCGCCGGGCAUUUGCCGACCUGAUUCCUCUCGACGGGUCUUUCCCCGAGACAUGGCCAGGCGCCGCCACUUCUGAUGAAGACGAUGUCAAGCAGUUCCUAAAGGAUGAGGCUUGGGGCCACCACGCAUCGUGCACGUGCGCAAUCGGCGCCGACGGUGACCCAAAUGCCGUCCUAGACAGCAACUUCAAGGUUAGAGGUGUCGAGGGUCUCCGAGUUGUGGACGCCAGCGUCUUCCCCAAGAUUCCUGGAUUCUACAUUGCACUUCCCUUGUACAUGGUCUCGCAAAAGGCCAGCACCGUUAUCAUUAAUGACGCCAAGUCGUCGUAA